ACUGGCUGGAGGGUCCGCAGCAGGAAGGAGCGGGGUUCACCGGCGUCCAUACCGCGACAGAGGGACAAUUCUUGCGAGCUCUGAACACACCGUGGUCCCACCGACUGGGACAUUCCAGUACUUUCUUUCUCUCUCACGAUCCGUUCCCGGGUUCUGGGGAGGGAAGAACGUGGCGCUAUUUCUGUAGCGCAUGCGCACCGUUGUGACCUUGGUGGUCUCGCUCAGAAUCAGGUUUAAUAUCACCGGCGUACGUCGUGAAAUGUUUUUGCGGCAACAAGUACAAUGCAAUACAUGAUAAAUAUAGAAACAAUUAUGUAUGUAUUAUGAGAGGAAGACAUAUCUCAGUGAGUCCGCUGGAAUCGGGGUGCCAAGAACACACCAGCAUUUGCGGAUCUGUUCUGUCUGUGGGAAGCGAUUCAUUCUGUCAUCCAAGCUGAUCAUACAACAGAAAUUUCACAGCAGUGUGCUGUGUCGGUGGGAAAAAAGUAACACACUGAACUGACCAGCAGACGUACCAGUGAAUUGACAAGGAAGAGAGACUGUUUAAUUGUUUCACAAGUGGGAGGAGAUUAACUGAGUAAUCUGAUCUGACACAUCUGCGAGUUCUCACGACGGAGACACUGUUCAUGUGUCCAGUCUGUGGGGAAAAAGGUUCACUGACAUACGCUAGUCAGUCAGACUGGGGAGAGGCCAUACACCUGCUCAGACUGUGGGAUGGGAUUCACUCGCUCGUCUGACUGAUUGGCACAUGAGUCAGAUCACACUGGGGAGAUGUUGUUCACCUGCUUAGACUGUGGGAAGGGAUUCACUCGUUCAUCCCAAUUGAAUGUGCAUCAGCGAAUUCAUACUGGGGAGAGGCCAUUUACCUGCUCAAAUUGUGGAAAGAGAUUCACUCAGUUAUCUAACUUACUGGCACACCAGCGAGUUCACACUGGGGAGAAGCCAUUUACCUGCUCACAUUGUGGGAAGGCAUUCAGUCACUCAUCUCACUUGAAGGACCAUCAGCGAGUUCACACUGGGGAGAGGCCAUUUAUCUGUACAGACUGUGGGAAGGGAUUCACUCGAUCAUCUGACCUGAAGCAACAUCUGCGGGUUCACACUGGAGAGAGGCCGUUCACCUGCUCUGAAUGUGGGAAGGGAUUUUCUCAGUCAUGCAACCUUGUGACACAUUAUCAAGUUCACACUGCGGAGAGGCCAUUCACCUGUUCUGAAUGUGGGAAAGGAUUCACUCAGUCAUCUCAAUUGAAGGUACAUCAGCGAAUUCACACUGGGGAGAGGCCAUUCACCUGUUCAGAUUGUGGGAAGGGAUUCACUCAGUUAUCUAACCUACUGGCACAUCAGCGAGUUCACACCGGGGAGAAACCAUUCACCUGCUCAGACUGUGGGAAGAGAUUCACUCAGUUAUCUAACUUACUGUCACACCAGCGAGUUCACACUAGGGAGAAACCAUUCACCCGCUCAGACUGUGGGAAGGGAUUCACUCAGUUAUCUAACUUACUGGCACACCAGCAAGUUCACACUGGGGAGAAUCUAUUCACCUGCUCACAUUGUGGGAAGGGAUUCACUCACUCAUCUCACCUAAGAGAACAUCAACAAGUGCACACUGGGGAGAUGUUCCCCUGCGCUGAAUGUGGGAAGGAAUUCAGUCAGUCAUCACAAUUGAAGGUACAUCAGCGAGUUCACACCUGGGAGAGACCAUUCACAUGCUCAUAUUGUGGGAAGGGAUGCAGUCGAUCAUCUGACCUGAAGGAACAUCUGCGGGUUCAUACUGGAGAGAGGCCAUUCACAUGCUCUGAAUGUGGAAAGGGAUUUUCUCAGUCAAGCAAUCUUGUGGCACACUAUCAAGUCCACACUGUGGAGAGGCCAUUCACCUGCUCUGAAUGUGGGAAGGGGUUCAAUCAUUCAUCCAAUCUUCGGAAGCACUACCGAGUUCACACUGGGGAGAAAGUGUAAUUAAGAUAUGCUUAACCGUCACAGUUACCAAAUCCAAAGACAAGUUCACUAGUGACUGGUGUCAAACUCUGCAGUUAUUGCUACUGCUAAACACACCCAGUUCUGGAUCCUGGUUGCUGGACAUGGGAGGAAUUUCUAUUGCUGAUGUUCUCAUUAAGUGGGCCUGGAGUUUAAUAUUCUGGAUCUGUGACAAAUAAAUUUGUGCUAU